AGUCGCGCAUGUUUUAGGCUGUUCGUUCUGUACACAUGACUCCUGCUCCCGAUUUGAGGGCCUCGUAAGACGCACGCGAGAGCUUCGCCGCUUCUGCAGAAGAAUCACCAGAACAAAGCUGUUUCCAGGGUGCAAGAGAACUACAAGGAUGAUGUUUCCAGCUGUGGUCUUUAUCUUGUUGGCUGUUCUCGGACAAAUAAGUGGCAAUUUUGGGGAUAAUAUUGCUAAAGGUGGAACGGCGACGCAGUCCUCCGUGGGGUGGAAUGGCCUCCCAGAAAGGGCCAUUGAUGGAAACCGUGCUAGCAUAUGGGAACAGGGAUCCUGUACCCACACACAGGGCGAGAUGAAACCAUGGUGGAGACUUGACCUGCAGAAGACAUACAACGUCGACACCGUCACCAUCACCAACAGAAGAGAUUGCUGCCAUGAAAGGAUCAAUGACGCUGAGAUCCGCAUCGGCAGUUCCCUCAGUGACAAUGGCAACAAUAAUCCCAGAUGUGCUGUCAUCUCGUCUCUGGCGGCUGGAGCCUCCCAAACCUUCAGGUGUAAUGGAAUGGAAGGACGCUACGUGAACGUGGUGAUUCCUGGAAGAACGGAAUACCUCACAUUGUGUGAGGUGGAAGUCACUGCGAUAGAAAAAGAGGAUUCCACUGAAUAUGUCUGUGGUUGAGUCUGAAAUCAUUUUAAAACAACUUAAAAUAUAUGCAAGUUUCUGCUUAUUUGCUAAUGCAAAAUAAAUAUAGCAAUUGACCUGAUGUCAAUGCUUGUGCUUUAUAGUGCCUGUAAUUCUUAAACUUGUUAGACUGUCGUUUGAGAUCAUAUCAUAUUACCAUUCAUUGACUCCUGUGUGUAAUUGGUUAUGCAGAUUAAAGAAAUAGUUGAACAUUUGGAGAAAUAAGCUUAUAUACUUUCCUGCCAGAAUAAAAUUCUUGAUGCACCUCA